AUGGCGCGACAACCUCGAGAGUCCGAUGUACAUUUCACGGUCUUCAUCCGGCUUCCAUUUCCUCGAGGCGACUUUAUCGAUCCCCCACCCACUCGCGGGGAACGUUCCGAACAGCUUUCUGACAUUCAUCACAGCGCUGACGACUUCAACGUGACCCUCCCGUUUCUCCUUCAGCAGGUAGCAUGGCUUUACGACCGGCAGUUAUCGCAAGUUCGAGCGCAGAUGCGGAAAGUCGGCACUACACACUCCCAUUCACCAUCACCCGCUCUUGGAUCGGUAUCAGGAAGCGGUGCGCUGGGUGGUCAGGCUAUGAAGAGAGCAGGCAGUGGCGGGUCUCGUGGUCCCUCAAGGCUGUCGGCACUACAGAAAGAAACCCCUCCCUCGAGGGUGGAGAGCAGCCCCUCAACCCGUCCUAGAGGUCCGACAUCUGUGCGGACGAGCUCGACAAACACGGUAACCCAGGCCAAGGUAGCAAGAGAACCGUCACCCCAAAGAGUUACACCGGCCGCCGCAAGAGAACGAGAGCCAUCCGGCCGAGGAGCGCCCCCCACGAGGCGAGAAAGACCAUCUUUGGCCAUCCUUCAGAAAUCACAAAAGCUCGAGGAGGAGAGUUCGUCAUUGUCCUCGUCUGACGAGUCGGACUCGGAAUCGGACGAUGACGUCCCUAGCAGGAUUCCCGGGGUACGGCGGUUUGGCAAAUUCUCCAUGCACAAGCCUGGUCUGAGAGAUGGGCAGGAUGAGAAUGAAGAGGAUGAAUCUCCUGCUUUCCUACCUCUCUCCCGAGAUGCUCCUCUCAGCACCCAAGGCCGGGAUCUCAACGCCACUCUUCGUCUUGAAGAAGACGCUCCCGACACGCACCGGCGACGCGCCACAGAGCAUAUCCCGCCUUCCAAACAAACGGUGCAAAGUAUGUCUCUAAACAGCUCAACUAGCUCUGGAGUUGCUGUCGGGACAUCGGAGACGGGAGUUCCUCAACGAGCAGACCGUCCUCCAGGACCGAUCAGCCCACAGAGGGCUGUAGGCGCCAAGCGGCCUAGUCCACGACAGCCGGCAUCGGGAAAGGAAAGCAGUGAGGAAACUCCUAGUAUGGGUAGUAGCUUUAGCGACUUGGAUGGUAGGCAUUCAUUGAACCCUCCUCCCUAA